AGAUGGAGUAAAGUGUCCGAAGGAGUGAGUGAGUGUACUUCUUUUUUAAAUCUUUAAAUAUACCGAGUAUUUUCCUCACGUCAUGUUCACUAGACAAAAUACUGAGCAAAGCGGUCCAGGCUUUGUGGGAAUCAAGUUCUGUCAAGAAUGCAACAACAUGCUUUACCCAAAGGAAGAUAAAGACAGCAAGAUUUUACUUUAUGCUUGUCGUAACUGUGAUUACCAGGAAAGAGCUGAUAAUUCUUGUAUUUACGUGAACAAGAUCAUGCAUGAAGUCAAUGAGUUAACCCAAAUUGUAGCUGAUGUAAUUGCUGAUCCAACUCUACCCAGAACACAUGAACAUCAGUGCCCAAGAUGUGGAUAUGGUGAGGCUGUUUUCUUUCAAUCUCAAUCAAGUAAAGCUGAUCAAAUGAAGCUGUACUAUGUGUGUACUCAAGUGGAUUGUGGCAAUCGCUGGACAGAGUAAGGAAACUAAUAUGAGUUAAUGGAAACUGCUAUCAUCUUGCAGCUUGGAACUCAUUUGGCUUAGUUUUAACCUUGAAGAUCUGAUGUGGUUUAUUCUCAAGAAAUCGUGAAUACGGGUAGCUUGGCAGUUUAAUUAUAGGUGGUCAUCUAAUGUAAAGUAGUUUAUGAGUUCAAAACACGAGAAUUGUCAUCACACCAAGAGAUAUUUAAAUAAAAACCA